AUGCGCAACAACAACAACACCGCCAGAUCCUUCUACACCCUCUCCAAAGCCCACCACCCAGACCACCACCCGCACGACCCCCACGCGCCCCGGCGCUUCAUGCGCAUCUCCGAGGCCUACUCGGUGCUAGGCCACGCCGACAAGAAGGCCGCCUACGACCGCGACGUCAUGCGCCGCGGGCACCACCACCACGGACAAGGCCAUCACGGACACCACGGGCCCCACCACAGGGGAUCCUACCACAGCACCUCCGGACCCGCCGGCGCGAGGCCGGCCUCGGGCCUCAGCCGCCGGAGGGGCACCUUCACCGGCCCGCCGCCGAGCUUCUACCGCAGCGGCGGGUGGGGCAGCCAGGCCGCGAAGCGCCGCGCCACGCACGAGGACAGCACCGGCGGCGGCGGCGGCGCGGAAACGAGCAGCAGCAGCAUGGGCGGCAUGGGCCCCGGGCAGGACCCGUUCGGCCACCGGGAGGACGUGCCCCACUUCGACAAGGAGGCGCACGAGAGGACGCACCGCCGGGCCGACGAGAGGCGCGCGCGCAGGAUGGCCGGCAUGGACAGCGAGAUCCAGCCCGAGGCCGGCAUGGCGGGCAGCUUCCUCGCCAUCUGCGGCGUCCUGCUGACCUCGGUGCUCGUGCCCUUUACCCUGCUGGGCGGGUGGCGGUCGACCAAGGCCGACGGGGACGACAAGAAGAGGUCUACUAAGAGAUGA